GGUGGCGGAGAAGGCGGGCCCAGGGCGUCUUUCUAUUGCCUUUUCUUCAUGCAUGGGUGACAUUGCUUUUCUGCGGUUUGGAGAGACCCGAGUCCAUCUGACAAAGAGGGAAACAGGCCUGGAAGUGAGGGGCUUGCCCAACAGCCAGCUGGCCCCCCACUCCUGGCACUGUUUUCUGCACCCCUCAGCACCCUUUUAGCUGACCCUGGCUCCCUGGAGGAGGAGCUAGCUAAAGCAGCCAGCUGGAGCAGCAGGAACCCCAGUUCCUGGGAUUAAAGGCCGAGCUUGGGAGAAGCCCCACAGCUGGGCUGCAGAAAGCUCUGGAUCAGCCCCAAUGGAAAACAAACAGAUCCUGUGUGUGGGGCUGGUGGUGUUAGAUAUCAUCAACGUGGUGGACAAGUACCCCGAGGAGGACUCGGACAGCAGAUGUCUGUCCCAGCGAUGGCAGCGUGGAGGGAAUGCAUCCAACUCCUGCACAGUCCUCUCUCUGCUUGGAGCACCCUGUGCCUUCAUGGGCUCACUGGCCCCCGGCCACGCAGCUGAUUUUGUCCUGGAAGACCUCCGUCGCUUUUCCGUGGACCUGCGCUACGUGGUCCACCAGACCACGGGCUCCGUGCCCAUCUCCACGGUCAUCAUCAACGAAGCCAGUGGCAGCCGAACUAUCCUCCACGCUCACAGAAACCUACCAGAUGUGUCUGCCACAGACUUUGCCAAAGUUGACCUGACUCGCUUCAAAUGGAUCCACAUUGAGGGCCGGAAUGCUUCGGAGCAGGUGAAGAUGCUACAGCGGAUACAGCAGCACAAUUCCCAGCAGCCCCCAGGCCAGAGGAUCCGGGUGUCUGUAGAGGUGGAGAAGCCACGGGAGGAGCUGUACCAGCUGUUUGGCUACGGAGAUGUGGUGUUUGUCAGCAAAGACGUGGCCAGGCACUUCGGAUUCCAGUCAGCCGUGGAGGCCCUGAAAGGCUUGUAUGGCCGAGUGCAGAAAGGGGCCACCCUGAUCUGUGCCUGGGCUGAGCAGGGUGCUGAUGCCCUGGGCCCUGAUGGAAAAGUGCUGCACUCAGAUGCUUUCCCGCCUCCCCGGGUGGUGGACACUCUGGGGGCCGGCGACACCUUCAACGCAUCUAUCAUCUUCAGCCUGGCACAGGGGAAAACCAUGCAGGAGGCUCUGCGGUUCGGCUGCCAGGUGGCAGGCAAGAAGUGUGGCCUGCAGGGCUUCGAUGGCAUCGCGUGAGCCCGCUUCACCCCUGCGCCUCAGGCUGGCAUCUCCGGCUGUCUGGCACUCUGCCCUUCCGCCCCACUUGGCCUGAGACUGAUCUGCUCGGGCAGAUGAGGCUGUGGGCCUGCCAUCCUGGCACUGGGGCAGAGCAAAUAAACCACCUUUCUCCAUCCUA